AUGCAGUCCGGAAUUACAGUCUCCUCGGAGCUGCACGAUGCCUUCACCCGCUUCAACUCCGACCCCUCAACCUUCUGCCUGCCAGUAACCAUAACAUCCGAAAGCCUCACUCCCCUCCCAGCCUUGUCUUUCCAAGGCGAGCCAACCAAGGAAUCGUUCAUUGCCUCCCUUCCCCAGCUGUCAACAAUCCUCCAGCCCAAAACACCCCUCUAUCUCCUUCUCCGACGCCCCACCGCCGCGGGUGCUGCAACCCUCAUCGCUCUAACCUACAUACCGUCCAAUGCGCCCGUGCGGGCCAAGACGCUCUUUGCGUCGACUCGCUCGACCCUGACUCGCGAGCUUGGCACGGAGAAGUUCGGUUCGACUGUCUUUGCUACUGAGGAGGAGGAGAUCCUCGGUGUUGAGGCCUGGAAGGAGCGUGAUGGGGAGGGCGCUGGGGGUGUUAGUCGUGAGGAUAUGAUGGGUGAGAAGGAGCGGGAGCUCGAGGCUGUUAGACGGGCUGAGGCUGAGGCUAGGAGUGGUACUCCAGGGCGGGAUAUUGGUAUUGGGGGCACUUUUGGUCCUGGGUCUGGCUCUGGCAUGAAGAUCUCUAUGCCUGUUGAUGAAGAGGCUAAGACUGCCCUGCGGGAUCUACAGGAUGGUGGAUUGGUGCAGCUGACGAUUGAUAUCCCCACGGAGAAGAUCACGCUGGCCGAUUCCCAAUCUAGUGUUGAGCCAAACUCCGUUGCCACACAUAUCUCCUCGACUUCGCCGCGCUAUUCCUUCUACCACUACCCUGGGUCUGAUGUCGUGGUCUUUGUGUACACCUGCCCGACCGGAUCAUCCAUCAAGGAGCGCAUGCUGCACGCUAGCUCGCGGAGGAACGCCAUCGCGGUUGCUGAACAGGAAGGACUCAAAAUCUUGAAGAAGAUUGAGGCUUCAGGCCCUGAUGAAAUUACCGCCAUGCGUUUGCAAGAGGAAGUAAACCCGCCACAAAACCAGGGCACUGCGCGAGGAUUCGCCAGACCCCGUCGCCCUGGCAGGUAA